CGGAAGCAUCAAAGCCAAAUUUAGAGUUCUUUUUGAAGUUAAAGUCGACCAGGCAAGCAAUCAACCCGAGCCUGAUAUCAGGCAAAACAUGGCCAAUGUUAUCAUUGAUAAAAUCUCUAAAAGUAAUGGAGUUCUUGGUGAUAUUCGGGUUGAUCCAGGAUCAUUAGUUCCUCUGGUCCCUCCACCACCACCAAGAAAUCUGAAAUCCACAAGUACAAAAGCAACGCAGAUCUCAGUGGCCUGGGAUCCACCAUUACACUCUAAACACUAUGGCGUAAAUACCUAUAUAAUACUGUACAAACAACAUACUUUAAAAUUCUGGACGACGGUGAAGACUCAAAAAAACACCGGAAAUUACGUCAUUAAGAAUCUAAAGCCAAACACAGUGUACGUCAUUUCCGUUGAAGCGGUGAAUGUUUAUGGAAAAGGAGUCCGUAGUGAGAUCAUUAAGAUAAAGACUGUAGAGGAUAUCAUAUUGGCAAUGCUAUGGCGGGACUUUAAAUGGGCUGUGGUGUCUGCUGGCGUCGCCUUCGUUGUUCUGGUAGUCGUCGUGGUUUUCUUGUGCUAUCGACGGUCGCGACGACGUGGAACAAAGAAACGUGAUCGUACAAGACGAAAUGUUGAUAACUUUGCAGUUCCAAGCAAAGAUUUUGCYACAACUGGUCUAGAGAUGGCACAGUUAGCUUCCCGKUUUAGAGAGAUACCACGUGACCAAGUUUUGCUCGGUGAGCUUCUGGGAGUUGGUCAGUACAGCCAAAUGGUCAGCGGUUACCUAAAAGAGGACAAAACGCACUGCGCGAUAAAAAUUUUGAAAGAGGGAGCUUCUCAUCAAGAUUACAGAGAUUUAAUGAACGAGUUGGARAUAAUGAGCUCGUUAGAUGCACAUCCCAAUAUCAUUAACUUGAUUGGUGCUUGUACUGUUGAAGGUCCCUUGUAUGUCAUCAUCGAGCUUGCCGAACAUGGCUGCUUAUUGGAUUAUUUGCGCAAAAAUUACAUGAACUCGGCACACGAGGGCAAAGAAGUUACUCUGCUAACGAAGGUCGAUAAAAUAAGGAUCGCACUGGAUGUGGCGAAGGGACUGGAACACCUUGCACGACAUCGGUGUGUUCCACGUGAUCUUGCAGCCCACAAUGUACUUCUUGGYGCAAACAGGACWGCGAAGYUAACAGACUUUGGAUUGGCGCGAGAUCUGUACGCCGAGAAAAACGGAUAUUAUGCUGAAAUGUCCAUCAAGCAAAAACUGCCAGUUCAACGGAUGGCCAUCGAAGCCAUUGAGACGUUGGUGGCAACAAAGGAAAGUGAUGUGUGGUCAUUUGGGGUGUUGCUGUGGGAAAUCGAGUCUGGAGGUCAGGUACCAUUUCCUGGACUACAAACCAAAGAAAUCCUGAAGACACUUAAGAAAGGUUAUAGGUUGAGCCAACCACCACAUUGUCCUAAUGAGAUAUAUGCCCUAAUGAUGGACUGUUGGCAUGGCGACCCAUUAAGACGUCCUAUAAUAGAUCAUUUAACUUCAGUACUCGAUGGACGACUGUGUGCCGCGCGAAGAGACGAAGUCAUAAAGGACAUCACUAGUAACGCAUAGUAACUUAAGUUCGCAAAGGAAUACAAAACGCAUAUUUAUGCAAAGUGUAUAAUGGAUUAUGGACUAACUCCAUUGUGAUUUUAUUGAAACAUUAUUAAUCAUAUAGAGGAUAUUA